AUGACUUCUUGGGUGCCGAUCCCGGUCGACUCAGACUUCUCGCUACAAAACUUGCCGUACGGUGUCUUUAGCACGACCGCCGACCCAAUCCCACGCAUUGGCGUUGCCAUAGGCAAUCAUGUGCUGGAUCUCAAGGCUCUAGCUCAGGAACAAAUUUUCAGCGACAUCAAGUUUGAUGCAAGCGCUCUGGGCGAAACAACCCUCAAUACAUAUGCCGGAUUUGGACAAAACGUCCAUGGCGAAAUCCGGGGGAGGCUGCAAGAGUUGCUGGCGGAAGAUUCCCAGCUGCACCAUCUCCUCCGAGACAAUCAAGAACGCCGCCAAAAGUGUCUGCUCCCAAUGAAAGACGUCAUCAUGCACUUGCCUGUAACGGUUGGAGACUUUACAGACUUCUUUGUUGGCCUCCACCACGCAAACAAUUGCGCAGAUUUUCUGAAGCCAGGAGCAGACAUCACCCAGGUAUUACCGAGCUUUUGGGAUGUACCCUCGGGCUUUCACGGUCGUUCGUCGUCAGUCGUUGUCUCAGGCACUCCUAUACACAGGCCCAAGGGCCAGACCCGUGUGGAUGGAAAGGCCGUCUCUGGGGCUUGCCAAACCCUGGAUUUUGAGGUCGAAUUUGCCAUGGUCAUUGGCCGGGCAAGUCAAAUGGGAACAGCCGUAGGAGUCGAUCAAGCCGAGGACCAUAUCUUUGGGUUCGUGUUGCUGAACGACUGGUCUGCACGGGAUUUUCAAAAGAAUGAGCCUGCUGCACCUUUUACUUGUAAAAACUUUGCCACUUCGAUAUCGCCGUGGAUCGUCCCGUUUGAGGCCUUGCAGCCCUAUCGUGCGUCGCCUAUUAAAGCGAAUCGUCCAUUGUCAGACUACUUAGUGCAGAAAGAUACCAAGUCGAUUUUCGAAGUACCGAUUCGAGCAACACUAGAAGGCAUGUAUAUCGUGGCUGACUGCAACACCAAGUGUAUGGUGUUCUCGUUUGCUCAAAUGAUCGCCCAUCACACGCGCGGCGGGUGUCCGUUGCGACCAGGAGACAUCAUGGCGACCGGAACGAUGUCCGGACCGAGCAAGUCAGAAGAAGGCUGCUUUCUGGAACUUUCUCGGCCCUACGGCGAAAACCCUUACGAGAUGACCGCAGAAGGGUCGUCCGGGUGCCAGAUACGCAGAAGCUACCUCGAAGAUGGUGAUAUCGUUGAGUUCAGCGCACAGAUUCGGACCAAAGAUGGUCUUGGAAAUGUAGGUUUCGGACUCUGUCGUGGUUGGGUCCUGCCGGCCAAUUGA